UAGUUCAUACAUUGCCUCAUUACAUUAGUCUAUAAGCAAAACAUUCUGCAACACUUGUUUUAAUUUUCUUGAUUUUUCGUGUUUUCGAGAAAAUGGAGGUGGAACAAUGUGGCCAAGCUGAGAAGAAUGCUUCUGUUUCUGGUUCUGUUUCUUUUAAGAAGGGCUUUCAGAUUCUGACCACUACUCUGCUGAGCCUGCUGCUUCCUCUGUCGUUUCUGCUGAUAGCUAGGCUGAGUGCGGCGCAGUACCUUCUUGAUUCGAGUCUGUACCUUAAUGAUCAGCCUUUGUCUAAGUUGUUCUCGGUGUUUUUAUACACUAAUCCAAUUCUUCUCCAUGUGCUUGUUUCUACUGUGAGUGUUUCGGCCUUUUUGCAUGGAUUGAGUAAUGGCAGGAUUGUGGUUUCAUCGAAUGAGCGUCAGGAACCUGUGGUGCGUCCUCACAUUUAUACGGCUUGGAUUUUUAUCUGUGCAUUGCAGAUUCUUGUAGGCUUGGGGAUUGAGGGGAGCAUAGGGGAAGGAGUUACUGGUUCGAAUUUUGGGUAUGAGAGGAGUUUGGUGAGCAGAGUUAUGUUUUUCUUUGGGCUACAUGAGACAAUGCUUCACUGGUCCAGGACGGUUGUGAAGCCGGUUGUUGAUGACACGGUUUUUGGUUCUAGUAGAGAGGAGGGGUGGGCUGAGAGGGUGCUCCUCGCGGCUAGCUUUAGUGUUCUGUGGUGGUGGAGAUUGAAGGAUGAGGUGGAAGCCCUCGUCGUUGUUGCAGAGGUCAAGCGACAUCUAUUGAGUAGUGUCGGUGUGGCAGAUGUUGUAGGAUGGUGGUUGUAUUACCUAAUUGUUGCAGUUGGGAUGAUUAGGGUGGUCAAAGGCGUUUUACGGGCUAUACUGCUACUGCUUCCCAGGAAAGCAGAGGGGAAUACCGCGGUGUCCAGUGCAAAUGAUGAAAAAGUAUGAAAUUCAGACCUGUUCUUAGUGACAUGUAUGUCGCCUAGGCCUAUAGUUUGGCUCAUUCUUUAAGAGACGGAGAGAUUGUUUCUGUUGUCAUACUUGCCAUGUAUUUAGUAAAAUGAAAAAGAAGUGAUCAUACUUCUGCAAGCAGCGCGGAAAUAACUGUGUCUGCAGGUCAAUUGUACAUAGUCUUGCACUCUUACUUGUAUUUAGAUUAGAAAGAUUGUUUCUGGCAAAAACUUAUAUGCAUUUAUAAGAUGAUUGCUUUUAACUUUGA